AUGAAAGAAGAACUCGGGCAGUUCGAAAUCUCUCAGCUGAAGAAAGAGGUGACGUCACUGAAGACAAAACUGAUGGAGAGAGACGACAGGUUACAGGAGCUGGAAAAGGUUUCCUGUCAAUCUUCAGUGUGUGUGACUGAUGGGACCUCCACAGAAUGUCAGGAUUCAGUGUGGAGCGGCAGAGAUCAGUCCACACCACAGCGACUGCUGGACAAACUCUCUGAACAGAGAUCCAGAGACACACAGGACUCACAGCUCACUUUACUCUGUUCUACUGACGGUGAUCAGGGUGAUCAAACCCCCACAGAGUCCCAGACACCAGCGGAGAUUGAAGUGAAGCUGGAGGACAUAAAAGAAGAGGAACAACAGAGUGAUGAAUAUGAUGACGACGACGACGACGAUGAUGAUGAUGAUGACGACGAUGAUGAUGACGAUGAUGAUCAAACCUCCACAGAGUCUCAGACUUCUGUCUGUAACACUGGAGAACAGCAGAUGCUGCAGACACCAGUGAAGAUUGAAGUGAUGCUGGUGGAGAUAAAAGAAGAAACCACAGUAGAGGAACCACAGAGUGAUGAAGAUGAUUAUUUUAUUCCUUCAGAGCUGAUGGACGUGAAAGAGGAAAGUCAAGAGCUGAAUGAUGUGGAGGAGAUACAUCAUGAUUUCAUAACUGGAGAAACAUCAUUGAGUUUCUCACCAAAAAAUCCUCAAAGAAGAUCAGCCAAGAAAUCUUUUACCUGCUCUCAGUGUGGGAAGAUUUUAGCAUGUAAAAGCUUGCUUAAUGUACACAUGCGAGUUCACACCGGAGAGAGACCUUACACAUGCCAUCUUUGUGGAAAGCGUUUUGCACGUAAAGAUUAUCUCAAUGUACACACGAGAAUUCACACUGGAGAGAGGCCUCAUACAUGUCAUCAGUGUGAAAAAAGUUUUUCAACUGCAACCUGUCUCAAGAAUCAUCUCCGCUGUCACUCUGGAGAAAGGCCAUUUGAAUGUGAUAAGUGUGGGAAAACCUUUGCUGUGGCACAGUACCUAAAAAGUCACCUGAAAAUGCACACAAACGAGAAGCCUUACAAGUGUUCGUUUUGUGGAAAGAGUUUUGCACGCCUGCCCAAUUUGAAAAGGCACCAGACAAUACAUACCUGUGAUGGGGUUUAUAUCUGCAUUGACUGUGGGAAGACCUUUAAUUCAGUCUCCUAUUUGAAACUGCACCAAAGAAUCCAUACUGGAGAAAAACCUUACAAGUGCUCACACUGUGAAAAGAGUUUCACUCGGUCGGAACAUUUGAAAUUACACGAGAGAAUCCAUACUGAAGAGAAACCUUACAACUGCCCACACUGUGAAAAGAGUUUUACUGGGUCACAAUGGCUGAAAAAACACAAGAAAAUCCACACCGGAGAGAAACCUUACAAGUGCUCUUCAUGUGGGAAGAGUUUCAGUCUGCCGGAGUACCUGAGAACACACGAGAGAAUUCAUACUGGAGAGAAACCUUACAACUGCUCUUCAUGUGGGAAAAGUUUCAAAAAAUCUGUUUAUCUACGGAGACAUGUCAAAAGGAAUUGCCAAAGUAGUCACUGUGAGCAAGAAUCAUCUUCAGGUCCAACAAUAUCAACUAAAUAGAAAUGGAAUUUCUGCCAAAAGUGCAGGAUCAUCUACGAGAAUAACAAAGAGCAUUUAAUGAAGUCUAAAUUUGUAGGAAUGCUGUUCUGUUAUGAGAAGGAUCGAUUCUUAUUUUGAAUGUUGUUAGACCACAAACAUGAUAAGCAUGAUGCCGUGCGAGAGGUAUGAGGAAUAGGAAAUGCUUGUGUGAAUGCUGUUUCACAUGGGACACCUUCCCCUACCAUCCUCCAUUUCGGAUAUCCACCACCGGUCCAGCUACAGAUGUUGGGGUCUCCUCAUUGCACAUCAGAACUUCAGCUUUUGUUCUUAAGAUGUAUUAGUUGUUACUUAAUAGUAAAUCUAAACUGAUCCAAAGUCAGCCCCUUCUUCUGAAUGUGUGAAGAAAUAUGUUCCGAUGAGGGCUGCUAAACAAAACACCAACAACAUGCAAAGUAAGUACUGCUCAAUGCAGGUAUGGGAGUGGUCGACGGAGUGAUUCUGACAUCAGUUUACCAUGUCAAUUACUCCAAAGUAAUGUUGAUGCUUACAUUUUUGCCCAAAAAUGCAUAGUUCAUUUUCAUUUAUUAAUAAAUGUAAAAUUUCUUGAACCAACAGUUCUGAAUAAAUGGAACAAUUUCAGUAGUUUCCCCAAUUCGCUGCCAUUGAUUUAGUUCUCACAUAAGCUCCUAAUUAUACAGCAUUAACAGUAGCACCUGUUCAGUGUGUGACAGGGGCGUCGCUAGACCCAGUAAAAUUCUUGUCUGAUGAUGGAGAUUCCCUUACACUGAUAUGGAAAAAUGCUUUCCUUUUUAUUAGAUAAUUCACAUUACUUAAAUUGAUAAAACACGAAGGCUAAUUGUGACGCCAGUUGAACUGAACGAUUCCUUAGUUGUGAUUUAUCCAAUCGCUGUUCUUGCUCAUCCAGUGAUUUCCCCCGGAAUGAGAACUCAUUUGCAGAGAUGCUAUUACUAUUCGACUCUGAACAGCAAAACUGAAAAGGUUGUAGCUGUUUGUAUUUCAUUGAACGAGUUGUUCAUGGAUGUCCUGUUUUGUAUUUUCCUCUGCACUGAUUUGAUUGAUAACCCUCUACAGACACGUUGCAUAAAGAAAUCGCCAUUUUUGUUUUUACUCGCCAGACGUCUUCACAUAUACUGUAUAUAGUUUUCAUACGACUUCAUACGCAAUACAGUAUGCAAGAUUAUACAUUUGAUUUAAAUUUCACUUUUGAUUAUUUUAAUCACUUUUUAGAUUUAUUUUAAAGUACAAAUGUCCCAUUCUAUCAAUUUAUAUAAAGUCAUGAAAUUGUACCUUUUACAAUGGAUACACACUACUAAAUAUUCACAAGGUUGGAACCUGUCAAUGAAAAUAAAAUUGCAUAUAAAACAAUUAUUUAUACUACUAUAUCAAAACUAUGUUAAAAAAAAAAAUCUUUUUUUUUUUUAUCAAACCCUUGUAUAGAGGCGGAACAAGCUUAUUUGUUAAGGUUCUUCGAUAUUUACAGUGAAGUUUAAAUACUUCAUAAUGUAUGAUUGUGCCUUUUAAAUAUUUAUACAUUUCCACAUUUAUUGCUUACUACAUAACUACAUGUUUGUUUAUAUGCACUUGGAUGAUUUAAGCACUAAUUUAGUAUUGUCUCUUUAAGAGAACCUGCAGCUCCGGGAAGAAGUGUUUUAGGUUGAAUGCACAUUGAGUAGUUGCACAUUGGUUUUUCCCCCUCAUCUGUGCAAUGCAAGAUAAGAAUUAAUGUUUAUUUUUUACUUUUUUUUAUCACCAACUGACUGUAAAUAACAGAAAACAUAUAAAAAGAG